CGGGUUGAAAGAGAGAGAUGGGUGCUUUGCUUGGACCAAGUGGAUGAAAAUGUAAACACAGAAAGUGAAUAAAAUGCCAGGCAGAAGAACUCUGGGUGAAAAAUAGUGUGUGUGAUUAGAAGAAAAAUGCCAUGAAAUCCAGAAGAAAAACAAGGUUUUUUAAACAGAAGUGUUUUCUGUUCAAGAUGAUUUGGUGUUAAUCCCAAUCAAUAUGGAUGAUUAGCAAUUCCUGAUUGUGUAUUGAUGCUUUAGAAGGUGCUAUUGGAAUGGAGUGGAUGGUAAUAUAUUUGAUAUCAAUAUUCAAUUGAGACCAGGAUGUCUGGAAGGAGGUCUAGGUGGUGUUUCCGUCUGAACCGGAACAACUUAAUAUUAUUAAUAUUUUGGUAUUCUGUAUUUAUUUCAUCCGUGUUUCUGUAUUACACUCAUGAAAAACACCAAGAAUCACACAUUCGACGCUUUUACAAUUCUUUAUUUGUUGAAGAAAUGAUUCGCAGCACCUCAACUAGUGUCACAUCAGCGUCUCGCUUGACGGUAUCAACACAAGGAACAACAAUGUACAACUUCACGUCUUUACGAAAAUACUGGGAAUUAUUUCAAUUAAAAAAUAUAUCUUUUCAAAAUAAAUCCUUUAUAGCCAAGGAUGUAAGGACAAAGGAGUUACCUGUUCAGAAACAAAUUGUGACACCAAGUGUUUCUGUAACCACAAAGCAAAAUGUGACAAUAAAACCAGUAAAACCUACAGAAGCUGCAACAGUAGAAGGGUAUGAAAGACUCAUUGACAGCAAGAAACUGGAGCUUCGGUGCUCCCAGUGUGCUGUUGUUGCCAGCUCAGGUCAUCUCCUAAACUCAAGUGCUGGCGAAGAGAUCGACAAGUAUGAGUGCGUCAUUCGCAUGAAUUCCGCUCCCAUUAUUGGUUAUGAAAAAUAUGUUGGGACUAAGACGACAGUCCGUGUCAUGGGACACGUAAACAUGCUAUGGCUGAACCAGUCUGUUGCAUUGCAAAGAGAAAUACUUUCAAAUGUGACAACAAAACCUGAUAAGCUUAUUGUGCCGUGGCUAUACAACAUAAAAAUCAACAAAGCAACUGAUAAGUAUUAUAAUCUUGCAAAGAAUUUCUCAUUGAAGUAUGACUAUAAAGAUAUGUACCUCUUAGAUAAUGAGAAAAUGAAGUAUGCAGAAAACACAUUCCAGAAAGAAACUGGUUUAACAAGGUGAGUGUUGCAAUACAAAUGUCUU